AUGGUGUACGGACAGAUCUUUCAUCAGCACAGCUCUGAUGACUGCUUUAUUAAUGUUAACGUUGGAGGUUUCAAACAACGAAUGGAGCACACUGUUCUGAAACGAUUCCCACAGACACGCCUUGGACGUCUUCUGUGUUGCAGCUCCAAAGAAGCAAUCCUGGAGCUCUGUGAUGACUUCAGUCCCUCUGAAAUGGAGUACUAUUUUGAUCGCAAUCCUCGUUUUUUCUGUUACGUUCUCAACUUUUACCUCACAGGUAAAAUCCACCUGGCAGACGGAUUAUGUGUAGUGUCAUUUCUUCAAGAAAUUGAAUAUUGGGGCAUCAAGGAGCGUCAUCUGGACUUCUGCUGCAGCAACAAAUUCCAUGAACUGAUGGAGCUUGCUGCGGAUAAAUGCUGGGAUCAGAGGAGUGAUGAACUGCAGCUCCACAGCUCAGACUCUUCCAUUGAGGAGCUUUCAGCUUUGGAGGAGAACAUAGAAAUGUUUGAAGGCUCAUGGUGUGCAAAUGUUCGCAGGAAUAUUUGGAUCCGACUUGAGAAUCCAGGUUACUCUUCUUCAGCCAAAGCGAUGGCUGUAGCCUCCCUGAGUGUGGUUAUUGUCUCCAUUGUAGCCAUGUGCGUUCACAGCAUGCCAGACUUCCAUCAGCUGGAUGUCAAUGAAAAAGAGAUUGAAAACCCAAUGCUGACUUUCUUUGACAACCUUUGUGUCCUGUUCUUCUCUGCAGAGUUUAUUCUUCGUUUGGCUGUUGCACCAUCACCAAGGAAGUUCUUGUGCAGUCCUCUCAAUAUUAUUGACGUAAUGUCAGUUAUGCCAUUCUAUGUCACUAUAGCCUGUCAUAUAAAGGAUGAAGGUGAAAGCACAGACCUGGAGAAUGUUGGCAAAGUGGUGCAGAUCUUGAGGUUGAUGCGAGUGUUUCGCAUCCUAAAACUGGCUCGCCAUUCAGUUGGCCUUCGCUCUCUUGGUGCCACACUGCGACACAGCUCCCGGGAAGUUGGGCUGCUCAUCCUUUUCUUGUCUGUGGGCAUUUCCAUGUUCUCUGCUCUCAUUUACUUUGUAGAGAAAGAAUCUCAAGAGUCAGAACUGCAGACUAUCCCUAUUGGCUGGUGGUGGGCCACCAUUAGCAUGACUACAGUGGGCUACGGGGAUACCUUCCCUGUUACGUUUGCUGGGAAGCUGAUAGGAUCCCUGUGCAUCAUCUGUGGACUGCUGAUUGUAGCCUUGCCCAUUACUAAUAUCUUCAACAAGUUUUCCAAGUUCUAUCAGAGACAAAGACACAUAGAUCUCAGGCCAAGCAAUAACUGA